CGCCCUCGCCUCCGCGCGCCAUUGCCCGCGCCCUAAGGCCGCGCGUCCCCUCGCUCCUGGCCAUGGCGGGCCUGGUGCUGCGCCCAGCCAAGGGCUACCGGGUAGUGCUGCUCGGCAGCAUGGACGUGGGCAAGACCGCGCUGGCCACACAGUUCGCGUGCGGCCGCUUCCCCGAGCGCUGCGAGUCGUCGGUGGAAGAGCUGUUCAGCAAGGUGAUCGAGGUGAACGCGGCGCCCGCGCUGCUGGAGAUCGUGGACACCGUGGGCGCGGACCACCUGGUCACCCUCAAGGACCUAUACAUCAGGAACAGCGACGGCUUCGUGGUGCUCUACAGCGUGUGCAGCGAGGCCUCCUUCGAGGCGGUGCGGCCGCUGCGCGAGCGCAUGGGCCGGCUGCGGGGGCCCAAGGCCGUGCCGCUGGUGCUGGUGGGCACCAAGGCCGACCUGGACGCCGAGCGCCAGGUGCUGACGGCGCAGGGCCGCGCGCUGGCCCGCGAGUGGCGCUGCCCGUUCCUGGAGGUCACGGCCAAGAGCAAGAUGAUGGUGGACCGCGUGUUCACGCAGGUGGUGCGCGAGAUGGAGGCCCUGGCCCCGCCGGAGGAGGCGCCCCGCGUCCCGGUCAACGCCCAUAAUACGUGGCCGUCCGAGAGGUUCAUCGGCUAGUGUGC